GCCACGUACUAAUAAAAAUAAGCCGCCGUCCACCGGCCCGGGUAAUGACUACGGCCUCCUCUGCCUUUCCCGGUUUUCCAGAACAUCCUCCUCCCUCCACAUCCCACAUCCAUACUCCAUUUCGCCUUGUCGACACCACCAGUGGCCACUCACGACGCGCCAUCGUCCCCGACUUUCUGCCGUCAUCCUCCCGAUUCCCGUCCCAUAGGGCCACCUCUCUCGUCUCUUACAACUGCAGCUCUGCCCACCAAACACCACACACACAAACACACACACAGUGACACACACGCACCACGCGCAGACAGCCGCAUCCCUGCCUGCCCGCCGCCUGCUCACCCUUACUUCCCAUCCCCCAAGAAGCUCGACAGCGCAUUGCCAUUCUUCUCAGUCUUCUUUCGAAAGCCUCACCAUACGCCACCACCUGCAUCCUUGACCCAGGCCAGUGAUCGUCCACGCAAGUCUCGCCGACACCAGGCCCCCAACCCGCUUUACUGCAUCAGAUCAGUCAAAUCGAGCCCUCCCAAGGACCUAAAGGACCUAAGCAGAGCUUGCGCUGUGCGUCGUUGCGUUACUGCAGAACGGCCUGAUCUUCCAACCCCGCGAGUCGGGAAAAAAAUACAGACGAGGGCAUCCCCACGUUCAUCCCACCCCCCUCUCCCCGUCCCGCCAAACCACCACCCGUGACGCACGAUACGAAUCGCUACCAUCGUCGUCGUCGCCCUUGCCUCACCUUUUCCUCCUCUCCCCCUCCACCCCCUUCCUUUCCCUUCCCACUUUUUCUUUCCCCCGGUACAGCGUCCUUAGCUUUAAGGACCGCCUACUUCCGCCAAGGUGGCUUCCAGUCAGCCUUUUCUGGCAUCUUCUGGUGCCCUUUCCAACAUCACCGCACUAUUGCCCACCACCUUCCAAGUCUAUCUCGACAAGUCCAUUGCCAGCCUGGCCAACGUUAUCGCCAACUACUCCCAGUACGUCUCCGACACCACCGGCAUCGACCCGAACCUCAUCCUCUACACCACCAUCGCCUGCAUUCUACUAGCCGUGCCCUUCACCAUGUCUCGAUACGGCUGGUCCACGAAUCGGGAUCAGGUAUCCCCCUACUCGUCCACCCUGAGCGGUGUGCCCGACGUCACCGACGAAGACUUUAGCUACAUCACCACCGAAGACCUCCAGUCCGCCCCCUUGGGAAGCUCCGUCCCCACGAGAUCAUACGCCCACCAGCCCCGAACCCGCGGCAGUGCCGUCCCCGAAGACGAUGUGCUGCUCAUCAAGAACAAGGGAGUCACCUAUCCCGCCCACUUCCCCGCGUACGCCAUUGGCGACGGCAAGCUGCGCGUUCGCGACGUCCGAGACCGCGUCGGUGUCAUGCUCGAGCUGUCGGACCGCCGCGUACGCCGCACCAAGCUCCUCUACAAGGGCCGCCAGCUGAAGGAGCCCGCCGCGCCAGUUCGCGACUACGGCGUCAAGAAUAAUAGCGAAGUCAUGGUGGUGCUGCCGGACGGCGAGGUCGACGCCGACAGCAGCGAUGACUCGGACGAGGAGAUGGUCGUCGUGGCCGGCGACGGCGCCAGCACCGUGGGCAGCACUGGCGGCACCGACGACGGAAAGAAGCGCCGCAGUAAGAAGAAGGGUCGCAAGUCCAAGAAGCGCAGCAGCAACACGAGCCCGCGCGACAGCGCCUCAAAUCUUGGCGUGCCCGCCCAGGACGGCCAGCGACCGUCGUCCCCGAGCGGCCAGGCUACCGGCCCUCACGCGAAGCUCGACGCCAUCGCUGCCAAGUUCGACGCGGACCUGCGCAAGCCUUGUGAGGACUACAUUGCCUCGCCCCCUACGGAUUCCAAGAAGAGAGUCGACGAACACCGCAAGUUGUCCGAGACGACGAUGCAGCACGUGCUCUUGAAACUCGACGAGGUCGAGACAGAAGGUGACCCGGAUGCCAGAGCCAAGAGGAAGGCACUGGUUCAAGAUGUGCAGGAUGUGCUGAGGCGUCUCGACGCAAGACUUCACAACUGAGGAGGAUAUCUGACAUCGCGUGCCCAUGUUUUGUACGACAUGACUUGGUUGCAAGGACCGGCCGACUUCUUUUCUAGAUGAGAGCGUAUUCGGAGGCUUUUAUUCCAGUUGGACUGCACUUUUUUUUAAUCAC